UUUUGAAGGCAGUACACCGGAUGUUGUGUCCCCUUGUGAGCGGCCGUUGGCUCAGAUUUUCCUCCGUCGCUUCACUUCGCUCCCUCUCACCAGCAUUCAGGAGACUGUCCCAGCCUACCGGCGGUAUAACGCACACCAUGGCAGAGCAAGACCCUACACCAGAGCAGCUGGCAGCACUCGCAGCAGCCAACGAAGAGGGCGAUUGCCCUGUUAACUACAAACCUCCCGCCCAGAAGAGCUUACAAGAGAUCCAGGAGCUGGACCAAGAUGAUGAGAGCCUGCGCAAGUACAAGGAGGCACUGCUGGGCAAGGCUGCUGCGGUUACAGAUCCCAAAGCCCCCAACGUCCAGGUGAUGCGAAUGACUCUGCUAUGUGAGACGGCCCCGGGCCCUCUGAUCCUCGACCUGCAGGGAGACCUGGAAAACUUCAAGAAGAACCCAUUUGUGCUGAAGGAGGGAGUCGAAUACAGAAUAAAGAUCAACUUCAAAGUCAACAAGGAAAUUGUGUCCGGCCUGAAGUACACUCAGCAAACAUUCAGGAAAGGAAUAAAGGUUGACAAGUCGGACUACAUGGUCGGCAGCUACGGGCCCAGACCAGAAGAGGAAUACGAGUUCCUCACCACCAUGGAGGAGUCACCCAAAGGGAUGAUUGCCCGCGGCACCUACAACAUCAAGUCCAAGUUCACCGACGACGACAAACACGAUCAUCUCUCCUGGGAUUGGAGCCUCACUAUCAAGAAAGACUGGACAGAAUGAUUCCACCGCGCCAUCCUCCAUCGACGUCUUCCUCCGCUUUGUCCCUCUUUCUUUCUCCUGCUGUCAUUCCAUUGUUUCUGUCUGGAUUAUGUGUUGAUUUAAACUUUUGCUCUCUCCGUCCAUCGACAAACCCGCUCUUACAGUUUCCCUUUUCUAAAUUCCAAUCACUUCAUCAUUCCUCCCAUCGUAACGCUUUCACUUGUUUGCACCCGCCCUUUCUGUUAAAUCUUUAAAAUGGAGAAAGCAAACGAUGCAGGUAUGGUUUGUUUAUUAAAGAAAAAAUAAGUAAAAGAUAUAGUCUGUUAACUGCUCUUGGAAAAGUGAUAAACUCUGUGAUUCCCCUUUCCCUUUACCACUUUCUCUCCCCCCCCCCCCCACACCCCUUUUCAGUCUUCUUGAAUUUUUUUGUACAAUUACCGUAAUCUGCCUUGUACAGGAAGCAGUAGUGCUGUAUGUGCGUGGCCACUGUACGGUCAUUGAGCAAUCAUUGCUGGACACAACUCUUGGACGCGGCCCACUUAAUAAAGCCUUUGAGCAGAUUAUUUGUACCAGGGUCUUGGUAAAUUAUUUGGAAUUCAGGCCACCUCUAGUUCAAACUAUUUAGCGCCCUGCAAAGUCUGCUGAGAGAACAGGGGAAACGGAAUAACCGCUAACCCCUUGUGACCCCUCGCUGUAGGUGCGGCUGUUCCUCUCCUGAUCAGGGUAUGUGGGCAGUUCUUUUUUAGCAGCCAUGUGGCCUUAACAAGAACCCAUAGGAAGAAAUACACAACCUAAUUGAGCCAUUUGCCUUCAGAUUAUAUUUGCGAGCCACGUUGGCCUGUUUUUAACAAUACUUGUAAUACAUGGACUGGGAAUCAGGACUAAGGACUUUUAACAACUUUUAUUUCAGAUGUGAUGAUUUGUAAAAGCCAUUAUGUGUUGGUGUCAUCAUAUUAGAUUUCUAAAUAUUAACUAUAACAUUUUUUUAGAUAAUCUACAACAACUGUAAAUAUGAGUCCAGGCUGUAACUAAUGGCUUUUUGUCACCCAGUGUCCUCUCUAGUCCCUACAGGUCCAUAUUUCCAGUGUGUCCAAGGUCUGUUAAACAGCUCACCUUGUAUUACUCAAGUUUAAAAUGACCAAUGCUGACUGUGCCUCCAGUCUCUUACAACCACAUGCUGCUCCUGCUGACGACGGCACUCCGUGCUUAACAUCAGUGAGGUGAAACGUCUGUAGUACUGUACUUCUAAACCAACCGGACAUAUAUACAUAAGUGUUUUCUUUUUUUAUACACUCCAGAAGUAUGAGAAUUAAGUCCGUUUUCCGCAGCUCUCGUGUCACAGACUGAUGUUUUUCUAUGUGGGUUGACUCAAUGUGUGCUACUUGUAUUGCCUACAGUUUACUGAUCUGUGUUUAUAUUAAAGUGUUCAGACUUGG